AUUGACGUACUUCCGGUUCACGCUUCAUGGAGUGUGUUGGAAGGGAGCUAGCGCGUGCCCUUCAAUCUACAUUAUUGCAUUAUUGCACUUUAUUACAUACAGAAAAGCGUUUAUUUCCACUCACAACACAUUCACGUACGAUGUGCUGAAAUCUGGUAUUUUGGUGGACGAUCCGUCUUCUACUUCUAGCGUUUUCAGCAGUGAGAAGUGGACAGGGUGACAAUGUCACGGCAACAUUCAAGAUCCCCUCUACAUUCAAGACCCUCGACGCUGCUCGGAAGGCGUGACGGAUAUUACGGUGAGCAGUACCACGCGUUGGUGCGUUCCGAUCUGUGGAGAGGUUCAGAAAAUGUUGACAACAGAACCGUGGAAGGAGGCCUACGCUGGGAUAGCGGGUCCUCUCAAGAAGUGGAGCAGGUUGACCACUGGGCCAAGUUCAUCGAGGCUAUCGGUCGUGCUGGAAAGCGGAAAGCUUCGUCGUCCAUGUCGAGGUACCAUGACCAGGACGGCGUCCAGAGUUUCGAAGAGGACUCGGGACGCUCUCCGAGACAGCUGCCUAGGGAGAGGUUGUCUUCCCCGGAAGCUUCGCACUACGGCGUGGAAACGCUUCAGAGGAUUCAGUCUCCAGGCCAGAGGAGGACCGCGCACGAUGCCGGUCUCGUAGACCGGCACUGUUCAAGAAGUUCCAGUCCUAGACAUUCACAAGCGAAGAGACACGACAGAGCGGAACAUGGAUAUCACAAUGAAGAACGCGAAGAUAGAUAUGAAAGAAGCUCCUAUAGCGAGAGGUCACUGAAGUCAAAUUAUACGGCGCACGAACUACAUUUUAAAGAAUACCAAGAUUUGGAUCCACGUGAGGGAUAUACUGUGUCGCCUAGGGGUUUCAGUCCACAUUGUGCCCCUGUUAUAGUGGAGCAUGAUCAUGGAAUCCCAAAAGACGAUGCAAGGAUCCACAAUCCAGGUAGGGACAGAGAACGUCAGAGGAGCCGUGAUCCGGCUAGGGAGCGAGGGCAUCCGAGGAACCGCGAUCCAAGUAGAGACCGAGUGUGUCCAAGGAGUCGUGAUCCGGUUAGGGACCGAGAGCGUCCAAGGAGCCGUGAUCUGGGUAGGGACCGAGAGCAACCAAGAAGCAGCGGUCCUGUCAGAGACCAAGAGCAUCCAAUGAGCCGUGAUCCGGUUAGCCAGCGAGCGCAACCAAGAAGCGGCGGUCCUGUCAGAGAGCAUCCAAGGAGCCGUGAUCCACCUAGCCGGCAAGAGCAUCCAAGGAGCCGUGAUCUGGUUAGGGACCGAGAGCAACCAAGAAGCGGCGGUCCUGUUAGGCACCAGGAGCAUCCAAGGAGCCGUGAUCCGAUUAAGGACCGAGAUCGUCCAAGGAGUCGUGAUCCUCAGAGAACCACUGAUCUGUCAAGAGACCGAGAUUAUGCAAAAAGCAGUGAACUACAAAGGGGCAGAGAUCCCACCAGGGGAAGAGAAUCUUCAAGAAGCCAGGAACGCUAUAAACAUGGAAGUGAUUAUAACCAUCAUGCAGGAACAUCCCAUGAUGGCUCCAGCAGUUCUUCAAACUAUCACGUUCGGGAAGACGCAAGAUUCCGUACCUCUUCGGCUGAAAGAGGAAGUCCCUUGCUAGGCCUGCAACACCACAAGGAGCAACCUAGGAUGGGAUCACUUUCUAGAGAGCUCCAUGGACAAAGGGCAGUGGAUGAUACAGACUUCAGAAUGGAUGAGAGCAAUAGGGCAAGAGCCUCCAUUCAUGACUGGGAGGAGGAGAUGCAAACUAGAGGGAGUCACGGUGGUGUGCUGAGACAAGGAGACGUUCUGAAAAGAAAUGCUCAACAUAGGAGCCCAAGCUAUCCUGGAACUAGAAUGGAUUUUGCCGAGACCCUCAAGAUCAAAGUGGACAUGAGUCGUCCUGUGGGCCAGAGCAGCCAGUUGGGCUAUUCCUCUGAAAGGCAGUUGUCACUCGAUUUGGUCAAUGUGGGUCGACAGCGUCUCGACUUCCUGCCCAUGCUGGAGCACUCUGGGACGUUCAGGGAGACGCCGAUGCACUCUGGGACCUUCGCGCAAGAGAUCAUCACUCUGGUGCAUCAAGUCAAAGAAAAUUAUUUUCAGGGUUAUGGUGUCACGCUUAAUGAACGGUUCUCUAACGAACAAGAGUAUUCUAUGGUGGAUGAGUUUGCAGAAGACGAGCAGGAGACGGAGGGACUCGUGAACAGGCCACUCAGUUCCACAUCUUUAGACACUCAGAUUUUCUGCAAGAUUGCGCCGAUGCAGUCCCAGAGGAAGCCGCACGUUCCUGCUCCUGGAGAUCUCCGGCACGACCUGGAGAGGAAAAGACAGGAGAGACUGGAAGGUGUGAAGAUCACGAUCGCUGGAGGAAGCUUCUCUCAGAUACUGCCUCAGAGUCAGGAGAACGAGUCCACAUACGUGGUCGACGAAGACCCGCGUGAGACAGGCUGGUCCGAAGAGGCGCCUCAGCGAACCGAACACUGGAACGACCCUCGUCCGAAAAGACCCGCCCAGAAUUUCACCGCCAAACGGAACCGCGUCCGGAAUCGACCCGGCCAGCGCACGAAAAGGAACGCGAAUAACGGCGCCCGAUGGUGAGGACCGAAGUGAUGCUCCAGUAUCGUACUCAAGCGCUUCUCGCUUUACCGUUCGACACUAGAUUAUAAUAAGUGUCAUUUUAUGUGAAAUUUCACUGCUAGUCGAUCAUAAAUUGCUCGAUUACUGACGUGACGUUCUCAUGGUUCGGUCAUCAGCAUAUGAAGAGAGCACCAGACAGCGGAGCGGUUUUAUAUCGCCCGCUUAAAGAACGUGUUCAUGUGCAGCGCCAACGAGGGAAGUGUUUCUGAAUGGCUGUCGUUUGUGUUUGUUUUUAGAGCCACCAGACGUUGAUUACCAUCACAUCACACCUACCCUGUAACAUUUAAAGCCCGUCUCCCUGUUAACCAGCUGUUACCAGAAUAAAAGCCGUGGCUUUUUUCACAACCUAAUCAUUAUUCACGAAAUUGUCCAGAGUGUAUUGUUCAUAUUAAAGGAUUUCAUUUACAUUUGUUGAAAAAAAAAAAUUAUAAAGUUCACUUAUGUUCAGAUUAUGUUUAGGUACAUUUCUGUGGCUUUGUGUUUUAAUCUGUUUUAAGAGAAACAACUGUGUGUAGGUAAUAUUGUUGUACAUAUAGUUUUGUAUGAAAUAAAUAUACACAACAAUGGUUUGCCUUU